ACCUUUUAUUGUGUUGCAUUUUAGGACAUUUUCGCAUUGCUAGCACGCGCGACGUCGUCUAUAAUAAAUUCAAAUAUAUCGAAAACCCCAUCCACACACUCUCCUCCUUGCUCUGCAAAAAAGUUGAAUCCACCAUGGCGUUUCCUUACAUGGAAGCCGUUGUCGGCUUUAUGAUAUUUGUGUAUAUUUUUGAGACCUACCUUGAUUUGCGGCAACAUGCUGCUCUCAAGUUACCAACUCUUCCAAAACCUUUGAUGGGAGUAAUUAGCCAAGAGAAGUUUGAAAAAGCUCGUGCCUAUAGUCUUGAUAAAAGCCAUUUUCAUUUUGUUCAUGAGCUUGUAACCAUACUUAUGGACUCUGCAAUUCUUUACUUCGGGAUAUUGCCCUGGUUUUGGAAGAGGUCAGGAGACUUUUUGGCACAUUUUGGUCUCAGUGCAGAAAAUGAGAUAUUCCACACUUUUGCAUUUUUAGCAGGAGUUAUGUUUUGGUCACAGAUAACUGAUUUGCCAUUUUCUUUGUACUCAACUUUUGUAAUCGAGGCUCGCCAUGGUUUCAACAAGCAAACAAUAUGGUUAUUCUUUAGAGACAUGAUAAAAGGGAUUGUCUUAGCUAUAGUGAUUGGUCCACCUAUUGUAGCUGCCAUAAUUGUAAUAGUGCAGAAAGGAGGCCCCUACUUGGCCAUAUAUCUGUGGGCUUUUAUGCUUGUUCUGUCUCUUGUCAUGAUGACAGUUUACCCGGUUUUGAUUGCUCCGCUUUUCAACAAAUUCACGCCGCUCCCAGAUGGAGAGCUUAGGGUCAAAAUUGAGAAUCUUUCUUCGUCGCUCAAAUUUCCCUUGAAGAAACUGUUCGUUAUUGAUGGAUCCACAAGGUCUAGCCAUAGCAAUGCUUACAUGUAUGGAUUUUUCAAGAACAAGCGCAUUGUCCUUUACGACACAUUGAUUCAGCAGUGCAAAAAAGAUGAGGAAGUUGUUGCAGUAAUAGCACAUGAACUGGGUCACUGGAAGCUUAAUCAUACUGUGUACUCCUUCAUUGCAGUUCAGAUCCUCACAUUUUUGCAAUUUGGAGGGUACACGCUUGUAAGGAACUCAAAAGACCUCUUUCAGAGUUUUGGGUUUGAUACACAACCUGUACUAAUUGGACUUAUCCUAUUUCAGCACACCGUGAUACCUCUCCAACAUCUCGUGAACUUUGUUCUUAAUCUUGUAAGCCGAGCAUUUGAGUUCCAGGCUGAUGCUUUUGCCAAGAAGCUUGGAUAUGGGUCGGCACUUCGGGCUGGUCUUGUGAAACUGCAGGAAGAGAACCUUUCAGCUAUGAAUACCGACCCCUGGUAUUCUGCAUAUCACUAUUCUCAUCCUCCUCUGGUCGAAAGAUUAGCUGCAAUCGAUGAACCCGAUAAAAAGGCAGAUUGAUUGAGGACUUGGGGCACACCGAAAAUGAGUAUGAUCUAGUCAUUUUGCAGUUUGUACUGGACCAAUGUAAUAAUGAGAAUUUUAUCCGUAGUCCAUGUUGUGUUUACAAUUUUCUGUUUAGUCGUGUAAAAAAUCGUAUACUAGAUUAAAUGGAUAAAGUUUGAAGGGUAAAGAAAAUAUCACAAUGAAACUAAUUUACCUGUGUUAAGACUGUUUAUGUACCUAUUUGAUAUUAAAAUAGUUAUAAGUAGGCAUUUUUCAUGUUC